CCCUCUUUGGCUGCUCUUUCAGACGAUUCCAUUCCCAACAUGCAGAUGCCGCGCAAGCCGGCCGGUGGCCGUAAGGUCCUGGACAUCGAGGUUUACUCCAGCCGCUCCAAAGUCUAUGUGGCCGUGGAUGGCACAACGGUGCUGGAGGAUGAUGUGCGCGAGCAGGGCAGAGGCAUCCACGUCAUCGUUCUCAACCAGGCUACAGGUCAUGUGAUGGCGAAGAGAAUAUUUGACACCUACUCACCCCAUGAGGAUGAAGCCAUGAUCCUCUUCCUCAACAUGGUGACCCGUGGUCGAGUCCUCAUCUUUACCAUUAAGGAUGAGGGGACGCUCCACCUGAAGGAUGCAGCUAAGAACCUGCUGAAGGGUUUGGGCAGCCAGGCCUCACUCAGCCUCAGCUGGAGGGACAUGUGGACUUUGGUGGUGAAGAAAGGAGGUCAAGUGUAUGGAGAGAAGCACUCCAAAUCUCCGGCGCUGUCCACCUGGGGUGACCCGGUUCUGCUGAAGACGGAGGUGCAGCUCACCGCCUCUGAAGGUACCAAACGUUUGGGUGUUUUUAAGAUCCAGCAUGAACAUUUGGUCGAGCUGCAGCUCUCCAGUCUGGGACCGUCCGUGUGGGUGGUGGUCCCCAUCGUUAAAGAAGAGUCAUCAGGAGGUGACGUGUCCCCUCAGUCCCCACAAGUCACUAAGACAAAGUGUCGGGAUCCCCCACAUACACACUUACACGAAGUACAGAGCCGGUCCAAGGCAUACUCCAACUACGCGGUCGCUUAG